GUAGUAGGUGUCUUCUCUGUCGUGUCUGUAGCGAUGGCGUCAGUCCAGCAUUUGAGACAGUUUGUUAACGAGAGACUUACAGCCGCUGCUGAAGAAAUAUUUGGAGUUUUUGAAAAAGCCAUUUUUGAAUAUAAGGAGGAGCUUGAUCGUCAGCGUCGACUGGUGGAUAUCAUCUGGAAACCCCAAAUAAAAGUGUACAGAAUAGAGCUGCAAAAUGUGGACAAAGUGCAGCAGAACUCCCUGGACCAGAAGGAGCCAGAAACUCAACAAAUUAAGGAGGAACCCUGCAGCAGUCUCAAGGAAGAAGAGCUGGAUAUUUUUCUAUCUGUUCCUGUUGGUGACGAAAACUACAAGACGGCCGAUCCUAUUUUGAGUUUGAGUCCAGGUGAAAGUCCAUCAGCGGAUCAGACUGGUUGCUUUGCAGCUCUAGACACAAGUGAUGAAAACAUACAGGGCGACAUCAACAGUAAGUUGUUCAAAUGUGGCUGCUGCGCGAAAGGUUUUCGUUUUCGUUGCCAACUAAAACGACACAUGCUGACACACACUGGAGUGAAGCCUUAUUCUUGCAAGACAUGCGGGAAGACAUUCAACCAAAGUUCUAAUCUCAAAAGACACGUAAUGAUCCACACAAAUGAGAAGCCUUAUUCCUGCAAAACAUGUGGGAGGCAAUUUAGGAACACGCACGAGGUGGUCGCUCACACUAGGACUCACACAGGCGAGAAGCCGUAUCUUUGCAACACCUGUGGGAAGAGAUUCAAUCAGCUCUCCAUACUUAAAAGACACAUCAUGGUGCACACCGGGGAGAGGCCGUUCCUCUGCAACACAUGUGGUAGAAGUUUUAGCGACAUGUCUGUGUUGAAAAGACACACGAUGGUCCACACGGGAGAGAAGCCGUACUUGUGCAACAAUUGUGGGAAGAGAUUCCGAGCUAACAAUACCUUGACCAAACACAGGAGGAGAGUGCAUGUAGGGGAGCACACUACUUAUUUCAGGUGUGAUCCCAUAAUAAAUUUAAAACUAAUACCUUUUCUGCAAAUUGGUCACUUUAUACAGGGUUUAGAGUGGGGGGGAACUAUUCAAAGCGGAACUAUUUAUCUUCACAUGACACCAUCGGACCAAGGCAGCGUAACAUCAGCCGGAAGUGUAAUAAUUGCUGCGCCGAUAGUCUUCCAGCGCUUAAGCUUUUGUUGUUUAAUUGCGAUGUCAGUUGCACAGGCAACAAUGUCUAAGUUCCACCACUUAAGGACGUUUGUCAACGAGCGACUGACUGCUGCCGCUGAAGAAAUAUUUGGUGUUUUUGAGAAAACCCUCAUCGCCUACGAAGAGGAAAUGAAUCGUCAAUUAAAACUCCUCGAUGUCGUCUGCAAACCUGAUGUUAAUUCACAGCUGACAGGAUCUUUGCAGCAGAGAUUGUGUCCCCAGGAGAGCAUCUCCAGUGUGGAGCAGGGGCUCCAAGAAACUUCACACAUUAAAGUGGAACAAGAGGAACUUGUACAUGAAGAGCAUCUUCUUACAAAGCAGGAGGAUUACCUCUCAACUCGUGAGACCCUUGGAGGCUGGCCGCUUGUUUUGGAUUACGAGCAGAAUGAAAGUGAAGUCGACAAGGAUGCUGUAGCUCAUAGGUUACAAUCAGAAACAGAGCACAGAGAUUUUGGUGCAUCGGGACCAAACGGUGAUCAUCCAGUACUCUUUAAUGGCUGUUAUCCAGAAAAUAACCAGGGUGACAUCGCUGACAAUAUGGCCUCUACAUCAGCUAGAAGCAUUAAGUCAGAACAUCAUGACUGGGACCUUGAGAACACAGCUGUUCAUUGCCAGGUCCAGCUUUUUGAGCAGCCCUUCCACUGCAGCACCUUUAAUACAGACUCAGACUUGUACACCCAUGUAGACAUGAGGGCCCUCUCCAGCGAGAAACCUUUCAUUUGCAACAUUUGCGGAAAGGGAUUUGGUUUUAAACGUUACCUGGCGCAACACAUGAUCACGCACUCCGCCGAGAAGCCGUACGCCUGCAGCAGAUGUCGGAAGACCUUCCGACGUCAGCAAGCUUUGCAGAUUCACAUGAGGUGUCACACGGGCGAAAAGCCGUAUUUCUGUAAAACCUGCGGGAAGAGAUUCUGUCAAAGCUCAGCGCUCAGAGUUCAUUUAAGAGUCCACACAGGGGAAAAACCGUACCCCUGCAACAUGUGUGGGACUGAAUUUCGUAGCCUGCCGGUGUUGCGAAACCACAUCAAGAGGAGCCACGAAGCCAAUAUGCUGUAGAUGUCGUCAUAUUAGUCCCUCUAGGAUUUCACAGGAACUUUUUAAAAAAUUCACAAUGUUUUACUUAUAUUUAAAAAAUGCAUCAGCUUGUGAUGUUAUGAAUUUGUUAUCAAUGUUUUAAGUGUUCUUUGUAACCUUAACCCCAAAAAGCACAGGAUUUCAACAAAUCUAACAAAAUAAGAUGUAUUUGCAUACUAAAUUGAAGUGCAGAGCACAUUUUUGAACAUUGCAAUUUACUCAUCCCCAUGGUACACAAAAAUGUGCAAAAUAAGAUUUAUUCAGCCACAACAAAUGUUGCAUGUUAUGUAUCUGAACAGUUGACUUUCAGUGUGUAGUUUUUAUUAUUUUGGUUCAAAUAAACUACCUCAGUAAUGAAUGGUUUCUUCCAACAUGUGACCACUGGCACACUUGGCUUUGUUCC